AUUCUGAAUACGUUUAGACUUUCAUUAAAACUAUUAUUUAUCAAAAGCAGGUCAGGCCAAAGGCUGUAUAAGACACCAAGACACCUAAAAUCCGCGCCGUUUUGAUAAAUACCCAUUUUCGGGUAUUGCCUCACUUUCAAUAUGUCAUCAGACGACGAUCCGUUUGAAGAGGUACUCAACCUCGAAGAGAAGUAUUAUAAAGAAGGUUAUGACGAAGGCUACAAAGAUGGAGCCGAAGCCGGUCGCAUCGAAGGCCGUUCCGUCGGCAUGAAGCAAGGAUUCGAGAAAUUUGUAGAGGCAGGUCGUUUACAAGCCAGAGCUACAAUCUGGGCAAACCGAAUACCAAACUUGCGGAGACAAUCCACACUCUACGGCGACUCACAAAACACACAAAAGGACUCGCAAAACACACAACAAGACUUACAGAAACAAGCAUCACCUCAAGAGCCCUCAUCUAAUUCUCAGGGAGAGAAGAAACCCGAACCUGAAUCUGAAGCUGAUGCUGAAUCCGAAUUGCCAAAGACUUUACCUCUUCUUAACAGCAAUACGCGACUAGAGAAAAACGUCCUAAUGCUCUAUGGGCUAAUGGAGCCCGGAACAUUGUCAACGACGAACGACGACGAGUCCGUCAAUGAUUUCGACAGUCGGAUGAAGGCGGCUCAAGGCAGAGCGAAGAUGAUCGAGCGCGCUAUUGGUGAAGGAACCAAGAAAGGGUCGGCAGAGAGAUUCCGGCCGAGUCAACCAAUUCAGAAGAAUGAGAACAUCGAGGAUAUUGGUCAGAUAUCUCGGCGGACAGAGGGAGAGGGGAAAGGCUAAUUGUCGUAUACCUCUACCUCAGGAGAUGGAAUUAGCAAGCGAUAUCCCCAUGUAGAUUAUGUAACUUUGUCAAUCGUCUUAGUACGUCACUAAGAACCGAAGAAGUGCUCUACUGAAGCAUUCUAAGCAUUCCCGGCUAAAAUGUGAAUCAAGUCGAUCAAUGCAUUCAA